AAUACGUUUAGCACCAAAGAGCUGGAGUGUAGAGUUGAAGGCGACUGUGUAUAGGAUCCCAGGUCAAAAGAAAACACAAAAUUUGGAGGGUGUGAAUUUAAGCGCAGCAGGGCUGCUUCCUGGCCAGAAGUAACACUAAGAGAAGGCAACGUUCCGCCAUGGGCAGGAUAAGUGUAUUCAUAGUGGUUUGGCUGACGUUUAGCGGCGGAGGGCUGUGUGAUGGUGAAGGGAACGAGCACGGGACUCCAGCAGCUGACACUCUCCUUCACGCCAAACACGCUCCUUCCUUCCCCUCCAGGACCGACACGGGUUACAGUGAAGGUGACACGCCACCUCCCAACAACCCAGCCAUUAAAUUUUCUGGCAAUAUUGUAAAACAAUAUAAUGCCGUCGACGACAGCGAUAGUGACAGGGCCGACGUCGAGCAAGUGCCCGUUGAUGUCGGGAGCAGCAGCAGCAGCAGCGGGGUGUCCACAGGAGUCGUCAGCACCAACAGGAAGUCGACAGAUGAUGGCGAACAAGGUACUGGCGUGAGCAGUCGCCGAUCCACAUCCUUCGGUCCAGUGUCAUCGCCGUUCUUCUUCAUGUGUCAGUAUCCACGGACAGGGGAGCCGUCUGGCGCUGGCCAGGAAGACGUCACUCUCAAAGUCCAGUUUACCGGCAACAAAACUCCUAGUAAUGGCUAUGAUCCUCUUGCUGUGUACGAAGUGUUGGUGACGGCCAAUGUGGUGUUCGACGGGUUCCUCAUCACAGGAGUCCACGCCUUCACUAAGCAGUUCACUCAAGCUAAUUACCUCACCCUGCCUGCCUCCAUGCACGGCGGUGCGACAGAGGGGCUGGUGUGCUCUGUUCUUCACUCGCACAUCUCUGCCAAGCCUCGCUCCAGCCUCUCCUUCCUGUGGAUGGCGCCACCUUCCGGCACCGGCUGCGUCGCCUUCCUAGCGCAGGGUUCAUUAAGGAAUCAGAUUCUCUUCAAAGAUUUGAGUGUCUUGGAGGUGUGUGAGAAAGACAAGUCCCUGGAUCAGCUCGUGAAACAUACCUCUCGCUUCGCUGGACUCAACCAACACGGAUAUGUCUUCAGGGACGACUUCGAGGACCAUAAACUCAACGGCGACAUCUGGAGUGGUGUGGAGGGCGGGUCGGUCGGGCGGGAGGCUGGCAAGAUCAUCCACGGAGCAGCCCUCAGCUUCUCCUCUCCUGACUCUGGCGCCCACACCUACUCCAUGGACCUCUCCGCAGCCCGACAGCUUCAGUUCGCCCUGGGUACUGGGGACUGCUCUGAAGAAGUUGAAGUGCAGCUGGUGUACGGUAGAGCCUCCCAGGAGGACCAGGCGCAGUUCCUCCCCAUCGGGAAGAACGGCUACCUUACUCACGGGCCCGUAGUGAGCGCCUACGUGGCUGAUGACGGUAGCGGAUAUCCCGACUGGGAUAACGAGGCUCGGGCCAAACCCAUCGGCGAUGACGGAGGGAGUGGUGAGGUCCUCUACCCACCGCUUCCCGGGGAGUACCCGUCGGAUCAACCUGAUAGUUCCUCCCUUAGUACAAUCCUGGCGGGGGUGGAAUGCGAGUCAUGGGAACCCGUGCACACCUUCAGGGCCGGUCCGUCGAGCGAGGUGCACAUCCAGCGGGUCCCUGCCAGGUUCCGGACUCCAGGGGUGUGCGUGGGGUGGCGCGCGCUCCCAAACCUCGACAACCACACCUGCUGGGGCCUCGACGACGUCGCCCUCACCACCAACCACGCCUCCCAGCACCCCGUCCUUGACGACUUCGACCCCGUCGACCCCACCAACUGGAUGUUCUUUCCGGGGGCCAAGGUUAAGGAGUGGUGCGGGUCUGAGGGCCACAGCCUGGUGUUCGAGGGGGCGGGGGACGCCAACAGCAGGACCACAACGCGCCUUCUGGACCUCAGCGUCAAGCCUCCUCCAGGAGACAUCAUCGUCAGCCAUCGCUUCUUCACCUCUCCUCCGAGCGGGUGGCUGACGAAGGGGGCGAAGGUGGCCGACUGUGCCGGCCAGAAGCAGCUCGUCUUCUCCAGCGCUGGAAGUCGCACGGUCUGCACGCCCUACGUCGAUGCCAGGAGAGUUGGUGUGGUGACCAUGUUGGCGGGACUGAGCGAGUGUCACACCGAACAUAGUGGUAUGGUGAGCCUGCGGGUGGUGGCCCAGCGUGGCGACGGUACUACGCUGCUGGGGGAGGAACUUCUCACUCGGUCCCUUCAGGCGUACACACUCCCCGUACCACCUCAACUGCAGCUUCAACACACCAGGUUCUGUGUGGAGCAGAAGGAGGCGGGGAAGAAGGAUCAGGACGUGUGGGUGUUGGACCACCUGACGCUGCUUCCCUGGCUCCCAGCACACCCUCAACACUUCUUCCAGGCGCGUGUGAACCUUGAGUGUGGAGGAGGUGUGAGCGAGGUGGAUGUGGAGAGCAGCUCUGACGGAGGGGCCACUUGGACCUCCCUCCACCGUCGCUGCCUCCCUGGAGCCUGCCCAGGAGCCCACUCGGCCCUCACUUCGGCACUCCUGCCAGAGCACAUCGACAGAUGGGGCUUGGUGACCCUGCCGCUGCCCUACAUCUCCCUCACGCCUAAUACUCGACUGCGGGUGCGCCAACUGGACGACGACAAGGGCGCGAAACCCCGUUGGUGGGCGUUGGACAACGUGUACAUCGGCAGGUGCCCUCAGGGAUGCAACGGGCGGGGUCUCUGUCAGCCUGAAGGACGGUGCAAGUGUGAGUACGGGUACAGUGGAUCAUCAUGCGAGGAGCCAGACAGAGACAACCCAGUGUAUAUUUCGGAGCCCUUCUCCACCACCCUUGUCAACAACGCCAACAUACUCAAGAUGUCAGGGGGCUCGAGCAGCUACAGGUGUGGCGUGGUAGGAGCGGGCACAGCUGCCGUGUUCAGUGGGCGGGGGCCGCGCGCCCUCACCACCGUCGACAUCAACACCACCAACGCACACUUUCUCCAGUUUAACUACGUCGCCGGCACCCACAGCGAUGUGGGUAAGUGUCCUGGACCAGACGAGGACAACGAGAGCGUCUACGUCCACUAUUCUUGUGACGGAGGGGUCACCUGGCAUCUACUUCACACCCUUCCCGCCAAAACCUACAAGGAACCCAGCCACAUAUCGCUGGAGGUGCCUGGCGGGGCGCGGGGACCUGGCUGCAGGUUCCAGGUGUGGCAGGAGCGGCACUCUGGAGCUGGGCGGGACAUCUGGGCCGUCGACGACCUCACCAUCACCUCGCACAUCUUCAACACCAUCCAACUCGACUUUAGCGACGGAGCGGCCGCUAACAACUCUCUCAGGUUCCACCUCGGGGAGGUGGGCGGGGACGCCUGCGGCCACGACUCCGCCCUCAUCUUCGGGGACAUCAUUGCCAGCGGCGCCUCUCGCUUCAUGGAGACCAAGUCCAUCGGCGUCGGCCCUUCCUAUAUGAUUCAGUUCGACCUGGUCAUCGGCUGCGGCGACACACAGCCCCAGGAAACACCCAAUAAGGUGGUGCUGGAGUACUCGGUUAACCACGGGAUUACCUGGCAGCUGGUGGACCGGCCAUGCACGCCCUCCACGCCUGGCUGUCACUCUCAUUUCACCCGCGGCACCGUCUACCACGCCUCCGAGUUCCCCCACUGGAAGAGAGUCACCCUCAGACUCCCACAACACACAUGGUCGCCAUCGACGAGGCUGCGACUUCGCCAGGCAGAGGAGAGCGAGAUGAUGGAGUCGUGGGCGGUAGACAACCUGUACAUCGGCAAGCAGUGUCCUGGGCUCUGCUCCGGCCAUGGUCACUGUACACACGACGGCUGCAGGUGUGACGAUAACUUCCACGGACACAAGUGUCUCCCUCUUGACAAGCUUCACCGGGAGAUCGACGCCACCUUCGACACCGGUGACGACGUUGCCAAGUAUGAGUUUCAAGUGACGGGUGGCGCCCAGGCCACGCAGGAGGAGGGCUGCGGUAAUGUUGUCUCCGGGAAGAGCUUGUAUUUCGGAGCCCCAGGAGUGCGGGAGUGGGAGAGUGACGACAUCAACGCCCAGGACCUGGAGAUCAUACAGUUCGUGCUGGUGAUCGGAAGCGGCAUAGGCAGCACCUGCCUCCCGGGAGACCAGGAGGAGACCCUCAACGCCGGUAGCGUCGUCCUCGAGUACUCCACUGACGGUGGAAUCAGCUGGUCCCUUCUGCAGGAGCUCCUUCCCUCUCAUUACAGGACCCCCGCGCUGUUUCGUGGGGAGUUGGCAGACGAGGUGGUGAAGAGCGAGUCCGGGGUGGUGCGGUUCAGGCUGUGGCAGCCCAACCACCAGGACAGGAACCAGUGGGCCUUCGACAACCUCAGGAUCUCCCACGACACUCACACCAGCUCCAUCCAGGCAGACUUUUCCCCCAACUCCCUGGUGGCGUCUCCGUGGCUGAGGGUGACGGGGAACCAUCACGCCAGCUACUGUGGCAGCGACGACGCUGCUCAGGUCAUGGACGGUACCGAGCCCCUUCGUCAGGCAGUCACCAACCAGCUCACCUUGCUGCAGGAGGACGUUAUCACUUUCCAGAUCAGCGUGGGAUGCGGCAAGGCGGCGGCGGAGGGGCGGCCGGUGCUCCUGCAGUACUCCAAGGAUGGUGGGGUGAGCUGGGCGCUGGUGGUGGAGGGAUGCCCUGCUGCAGCUCUCCACUGUCAUGGCCCGAAGGAACCCAGCGUCUACCACCCGGGCCACCACGGACCCUGGACCCGCGUCCUUAUUCCUGUCGACCACAGGCUGGCUCAAGGGUCAGUGCAGCUGCGGUGGGUGCAGGAGAACCCCAGUGAGACUCCUGCAGGAGAGUUUGCCUUACGUGGCCUCUACAUUGGACCACCGUGCCCCUACGCCUGCCACGGUCAUGGCCUCUGUACUGGCUCUGGUAUCUGCAGGUGUGAUGAAGGUUACAACGGAACAUACUGUGGGAGGUUUCCGUCGAAGAACCCAGAAUGGAUGCACGAUAGCUUCGAUACCGGGGAGGUGUCGGGGAUGUGGGAGCGGGUGGAGGGUGGCGCCGUGUCCCUAGGCUGCGGUCCUCACCACUCUGGCAACGCCCUCCUCUUCUCCGCCGCGGGGCCCCGCUUCGCCACCACCACCCCCAUCGACACACGAUACAUGAAGUACCUGGUGUUCAACCUGCAGAUAGGCUCCCUAGAGGGCAGGGGCCGGUGCCAGCUGGGUCAUGUACCCCGCGAUAACGUCGUCCUCGAGUACUCGACGGACAAUGGCCAGACCUGGAGCCUCCUGCAGCAGUUUGAGCCUACUCAGACCACCAGCAGGAGGGAGGCGUUCUUCAUCCCGCUGCCACAGGCUGCCCGCGCCCGCCAGACACGCUUCCGCUGGUGGCAGGGCUACAACGACAUGAUGCUCGGUGAUGACCCCACCCAGGAGGAGCGGGCAGAAUGGCACCUGGACAACGUGAUGGCACUGGCCAACGAGACGCUGCCCCGAUCCCUCUACGAUGCCUUCGACGGCAACAGGUCGGAGGCCAGCCCGUGGUUCCUGAUGGCUGGAGCCUCCGUCGCCCCAGCCUGCGGCAGGGACACCAAUGUCCUCCAUUUCUCCGGCCAGCAAGCCCCCAAGUACGCGGAAACGUGGGACAUUCGGGCAUCAGAGGCCACAGUUAUCCAGUUCGACAUCGAGGUGGGUUGCAGCGGGCCACCUUCGCCAAUCAGCGUGCACCUGCAGUACUCGACAGACCACGGCAAAAACUGGAAGCUGGUGCGAGAGCUGUGUGCCCCGCCCCACGUCGAGUGCGACACCUUCCACCUGCCCACCAGCUACAGCGCCGCCGUCACCCCUGGCUGGACCCGCGUCACCACCACCCUCCCCAAGACCACUGUAGGCGAGCGGACGCGAGUUCGGGUGGUGGAAGAAGGUGAUGGUGGAGGCAAGGGGUCACGGGGCGGGUCCUGGGCCAUCGACAACAUCUACCUGGGUGAGACCUGCCCCUGGAUGUGCUCCGGUCACGGCUACUGCGACCACCACUCCUGCAGGUGCGACGACGGGUACUUCGGGCCGUACUGCGUGCCGGCGGAGGUGCUGCCGUGCGAGCUGCUAGACACCUUCCGUCAGCCCGACCUCCAGUCUUCCCUUUGGCUCCAGGCACACGGCUCAGAGGUCUCCCAGAGGUGUGGGGUCCUUGUCUCCGACUCCGCUCUAGUCUUUUUUAAGGAAGGUCUUCGUAUGGCCACCACUAUCGACCUAGACAUGACUGCCGGAGAGUUCCUUCAGUUCACACUUCGACUGGGGUGCGACAGCGUGUCAGGGAGUCGAUCUAAGAGGAGUGCCACUAUCCUGGAGGAAGUCAAUGGUGUGGAGAGCUCCGUAGUGGUCGGGGAAGCCUCCAGGGCCCAUGGCAUCCUCGUCCAGUACUCUACUAAUGGAGGCAUCACGUGGAGUCUCCUUAAGGAGAUACACUUCAAGAUGCAGCUGGAGCCAAUGUUCGUGUCCAUCUCCCUGGUGGACUUCCCCAUGUCACGAAGCAACGCGACCAGGUUCCGCGUGUGGCAGCCUCGCCACGGCGGCACCAUGACUGACACCUGGGCCAUAGACAACGUCUUCAUCGGCGGGAUGCCCAUCUCUCCCAACGUCCUCUAUGAUGACUUCAACAGUCUCUCCCCCAUGGCCGACGCAUGGAUUGACUGGCCCGCCGGGGAGGUUGGCGACGUGUGUGAUGAGUAUGACUCGUAUACAGGGCUGGUAUUCAAGAGCCAAGAAGGGGAGCACGCCUUGUACACCCGAGACCUGCAGGUGGACGACCACUCCGUCAUACAGUUUGAUCUGAGAGCGGGUUGCGGAGAGGUGACGGGCCGGGAGCACAACCUGACCCUCCAGUACAGUACGGACUACGGGGUCACCUGGCGGACCGUCAGGCCCCUGCCAGCCCUCCGCUCCUCCAGCCCCGACUGUCUCCACGAGCUGCGCACGCCCACCGUCUUCUACCCCAACAGCGACCGAAAAUGGGCCAGAGUCAUCAUUCCUCUCACCGGUCUCCAGAUUUGUGGACGAGCCAGGUUCCGGUGGUGGCAGGGGUAUUACCUGGCCCGGGAAUCUGCGGCACCUUGGGGCCUCGAUAACGUGUACAUCGGGCCCUCCUGCAUCCACCACUGUGCCGGCCACGGCUACUGCAUCAACGGCGACCAGUGUGUCUGCGACGACAACUUUGAUGGCAAUGAGACCUGCAUCCUCAUGAACGAAACCCCACAGACGCUCAAUGAAGACUUCGAGAAGGGAACCUUGAACACGCAGUUUGACAAGUGGUCCGGGGCGGAGGUGUCGAGGUUCUGCGGGGUGGUGACGGGCGAGGCCCUGGUGUUCUCUCAGCAAGGGGAGAGGAUGCUCGUUACUCAGGACCUCGACCUCACCCACGGCAGCGUGGUGCAAUUUUACAUCCGGUUUGGUUGCACGGUGGAGGAGGCAGCCCUGGGAGACGGACCUGUGCUCCUGCAGUACUCUCGCGACGGUGGCAUCUCCUGGGCCCUCCUGGCCGAGCUGAGUCCUGACUCUGGUGCUGCUGCUGCGGGUACCAGGCCCCACACCCAGCACCUCACACUGCCCAUCCCAGGCACAGCCAAGUCGAACACGACGCGUCUCCGCUGGUGGCAGCCUUCACAGGAUGGCACCUUCACCUCACAGUGGGCAGUCGACCAGAUCCACAUCGGGAGUGCCGUGCUGGGCGUGCCAGCCUUCACUGAUAUUGACACUGGGGUUGGGUGGCUCCUCCGACCCGGCUCCGUCCUGGAACAAGUGUGUGGCCUCACUCACAACUCGCUCCAUUUUGCCAGUCGGGACGGCUACAGAUUCGCUGAGACUCCAGACAUACACAUGACUGACCACAGUUUCAUCCAGUUCACUGUGUCACUGGGUUGCAAAGAUUCUGGUGCCUGCUUCGAGGUGGAACUUGAGUACUCGACCGACCAGGGUGCGUCGUGGUGGCGGCUAAAGGAGUCGUGUCUGCCCUCUGACCCAGACUGUACAGAGUACUGGCCAGCCUCCACCCUCAUCUCUGACCUCUAUACCGGCCCCUCCCAGGUCACCCUGAGCAUCCCACACCGGGUCAGGUCGGCGCUGACGCGAGUGCGGUUCAUUCAGCGCGAGGGCUGGAAGCAGCAACACUCCUGGGCCCUCUCACAUGUCUACAUCGGGGAUGAGUGUUACCACAUGUGCGCCGGCCGGGGCUUCUGCGACGCCGGCCAGUGUCACUGCCAGAAGGGAUGGACAGGUGAUAACUGUGAGGAGCCGGCCACUCCUCUUGCGAAGUACAUCGUAGCUGACUUCAGCAGCGAGGACUGGACAAGUGACUGGAGUAAGGUGGUGGGCGGCCAGCUGACUGAUCACUGCGGACCCAUUGCUUCUGGCCAGGCCUUGCACUUCCUCGGGGGCUGCAGUAGGUACCUGGAGACAAAGAAUCUGGACUUGCAGGAGGCCCUAUUUGUGCAGUUCGACCUUCGGACAGGUUGUCUGGACCCGGUAAGCGGACGGGAGGCGGGUGGCGACCACACCGUCCUCCUGCAGGCGUCCUGUGAUGCCGGCAUCUCCUGGACCACCCUCAGGAAGCUCCUCCUCAUUUAUCAUCGACCACAAUACGUGUGGGUGGAACUGCCGCAGGACCUGAGGUGUAUGGGCGGGCGGGUGCGGUGGUGGCAGCCCGACGGAGGAGAACGGAACCGCUACGACUGGGCGGUGGAUGGGGUGGUGGUGGGCGGGAGUGUGACGCCCCCAGAUAACCUCACCUACACCCACCCACACCACCUGGUGCCCCCACUUUGGCUCCGGCGAUACAACACGCGCACGGACACCUACUGCGACCACCCCCUGGCCAUGCAUGUCAUGAUGUCCACACCCUCUGAACCUGCCAUCCUUCAGACCACUGACCUCCAGGUGAGCAGGAACCACAGUGUCAGCUUCCUGCUGGCCCUGGGCUGUGGCGCCACCUGGGACAACACUGCUCAACCCGUCAGGCUGGAGUACUCGCUGGACUUCGGCCACACCUGGCGGCUGGUGCGAGACAUGUGUCUGCCGGGGAACAGCAGCUGUGCAGACAUCGCGGACGCCUCCAUCUUUUACGCCCCGCUCAAGUGGAACAGAUAUGUCUACCCACUCAACCAUAUUGGCCCAGCCAAAUACGUAAGAUUCCGGUGGGUGCAGGAUCCCUCCUCGGAUGUGUCGGGUCGCCACCAGUGGUCACUGAGGGACGUGUAUAUCGGAAAAGCGUGCCCCCACCACUGUCUGGGCCGCGGCUCCUGCAUCGACGGUGUGUGUCGCUGUGACUACGGCUAUGCUGGACCAUACUGCCAACACGUCACUGUCGAGAAUGUGGCAUUCAUCCGGGACCAGUUCUCUGGAGGGGUGUUCCGGCCGCACUUCGUGCAGGUGCAGGGAGGACUGCUGUCGGAGGGGUGCGGAGGGCUGGAGGAGCCACCGACCGCCACCUUCCAGGGCCCCAACACCCGCUUGCUCCUCACCCGACCAGUCGACACCCGCAGCGGUAAAUUUGUCCACUUCACCACCCAAAUCGGCAGCGGCCACGGCAGCGGCAUCUGCAGGAGCGCCUCUCACAGGCACCAUAACGUCUUCCUUCAGUACUCCAUUGAUGGAGGUAUCCGUUGGCACCUGCUGAGGGAAUUAGACCACCAGCUGUACACGACGCCCAACAAGGAAUACAUCCUAAUACCGGCACACGCCAGGAGCCCCGCCACUACCUUCAGGUUCUGGCAGCCUCGUCUAGCCUCGCCUCCACCAGCCUGGUCUUUGGACGACCUCUAUAUUGGUGGCUCCGAGAUCAGCGCCGCCGAACUCCUCGACCAGUUCGAGGGAGAACCCACCGUGUCGGAGUGGCUCUUCGCGCCCCACAGCAGGAGUCUGGUGGACUACUGCUCGAGCGGCACUAAUGGUUCCCUGGUGUGGGGAGCCGACUCUCCCGGCCACCGCGCCAUCACCACCCAGGAACUUAUAAUCCACGAUACCCACAUACUGCAGUUUAAGGUGUCGGUGGGGUGCGGCGACAGCCCUGGAGAGUGCGGAGAGACCCCUGGAGUGCGUCUAGAGUACAGCCGUGACGGCGGCGUGACUGGUUGGGAGCUGGUGCACGACUCCUGCCUCCCAGGCUCCUCCCCGGACCCUGACUGUCUCCCGUACACCUUCCAUCCCCAGUCAAUCUUCCACUCAGAUACACACUCACACUGGAAGAGGAUCACCAUUCCACUCCCAGAGAAGACCUGGGGAAGCACGACGCAGCUACGUUGGGUGCAGGAGGUACGGGGCCCCGGGAGCAAGGUGACGCCCUGGUCCCUGGACGACGUGUACGUGGGCUACCCGUGUCCCAGUCACUGUCACGGCCGUGGCGACUGUCUCCACGCUACCUGCACCUGCGACCCGGGCUACUCUGGAGAAUCAUGUGAGCCUGUACCAUCCCGCAUCACGCCCCUGCCAACCAGCUUGGUGGAUGGAUUCGAAGGCGGAGUGCUGGCCAACUGGGCGCUGGUGACGGGAGGUGGGGUAGGUCUCGGCUGCAGCUCCCUGGCACCGUACAGCCACGGUAAACACCUCUACUUCUCAGGCUGUGGGACUCGCCAAGCUGUCACCAAGGAGUUGGACACCCGCUCUGCAAGCAAGUUGAUCUUCGUGCUUAGAAUUGGGAGCCACGAUCACACGCCCUCUUGUUUCGUGGACCUGAGCGACCCACAGAGAGCGUUGGAUAAGGGCGUUAUCCUGCAGUACACUAACGACAAUGGCAUAACGUGGACCACUAUCAACGUCCACGACCCUCUCGACUUCAGAAAGGCCCGUCGUGUGGCGUACACGCUGCCAGGGGAGGCUCGCCGGUACGGGGUGCAGCUGCGAUGGUGGCAGCCUGAUCACGACGGCCCGGCCACCGACCACUGGGCCCUCGACAACGUCGAAAUUGUUUUAGCUCAGAGGAAGGACACAAGCAGGUACGACCAACAGACCUUCCACGAGCCUGAACUGUGAGCCCUGGAACGCCCUCACACCUUCAUAGACGAAUUGGAUCCUCACACCCUGCUCUCCCACCCUCACACCCUGCUCUCCCACCCUCACACCCUGCUCUCCCACCCUCACACCCUGCUCUCCCACCCUCACACCCUGCUCUCUCACCCUCACACCCUGC